CUCUAUGAAGUUAAAAGAGGGUCACAGCAGAAAACGAAUGUGGCUUUUGGUGUGAGAUCGGCACAACCCUUUUUACAAACGGUGAUAAAUUUUUUUUUAUUAAAAAAUAGUGUCGUGUCAGUGUUAAUUGAGGAAAAAGUUGUCAAUUCAGUGAAAACUAGUGAGCAUCGAUUGUGUCAAUAAAGUGCCGGCUUGUUUUUGCUUGUACAUUCUUUUUGGAGCUUAGAAACAUGGGAAAUAUCUACACUUGCGGACCAAAUGAAGCGCUUGUAGUAUCAGGAGGAUGUUGCGGUUCAACGAAAAAGCGAACGAUCGUUGGGGGCUACGCCUUCACCUGGUGGUUUGUCACAGAUGUUCAACGUUUAUCACUGGAGGUCAUGACAUUGAAUCCAAUUUGCGAGAGUGUCGAGACAGCACAGGGUGUCCCAUUAACAGUUUCAGGUGUAGCUCAAUGUAAAAUAAUGAAGGCCGAUGAAUUACUUCAUACAGCUAGUGAACAAUUCCUGGGAAAGUCCGUCCAUGAGAUAAAAUCAACGAUUUUGUCCACCCUUGAGGGUCAUCUGCGAGCGAUUCUUGGCACUCUCUCGGUUGAGGAAGUUUACAAGGAUCGAGAUCAGUUUGCUGCUCUUGUACGAGAAGUUGCAGCUCCAGAUGUUGGUCGCAUGGGUAUUGAGAUACUUUCAUUUACAAUUAAAGAUGUUUUCGACGACGUUCAAUAUCUUGCCUCCCUCGGAAAGGCAAGAACUGCUGAAGUGAAAAGAGAUGCUGACGUCGGUGUCGCCGAAGCUAAUCGAGAUGCUGGCAUUCGGGAAGCUGAAUGCGAGAAAGCGGCAAUGGAUAUUAAAUACAAUACUGACACGAAGAUUGAGGACAAUGCGAGACUUUAUCAAUUGCAGAAAGCGAAUUUCGAUCAAGAAGUUAACACUGCCAAAGCUGAAGCACAGCUAGCCUACGAGCUUCAGGCCGCAAAAAUAAAGCAGAGAAUAAGAAAUGAAGAAAUUCAAAUUGAUAUUGUCGAAAGAAGAAAGCAAAUUGAAGUUGAGACUCAAGAGGUACUAAGAAAGGGACAUGAACUUGAAAGUACUGUUCGCUUGCCAGCCGAAUCUGAACAUUAUAAAAUGGGCAAAAUCGCUGAAGGAAAGAGGUCACAAACAGUUGAUGUGGCAAAGGCAGAAGCUGAAAGAAUUCGAAUGAUUGGUGAAGCGGAAGCACACGCAAUGCAAGUUGUUGGUAUAUCGGAAGCUGAAAGAAUGCGUAUGAGGGCUGCUGUUUAUAAAAAAUAUGGAGAUGCUGCCAUUCUCAAUUUGGUGCUAAACGCAAUGCCUAAGAUUGCUGCAGAAGUUUCUGCUCCUUUGGCAAGGACAGACGAAAUUGUACUUUUGGGCGGUAAUGGUGCAUACAGUGAAGAACUCACCCGACUUGUUGGCCAAGUUCCACCUGCAGUGCAAGCACUCACUGGAGUUGAUGUAUCAAAAGUAUUUGGAAAAAUUCCUGGAGCAAAAGCAAAGUAAUUUUGUCAUCUAGUCACACACAACUUGAACAAGCACCCUUAUGGCUUUUUGCAUUCCGAUUUUGAAAUCAUGUCUCUAAAUUAAAAAUAUUCUUUGCCUCCCUCAAGAAGAUUCAAUAAUUAAUUCUAAUUAAUAAAACUGAUAAAAAAAAGAAUAUUUAUCUUUUUUUUUGGGGUUUUUUUUACACAUAUAAAUAAAUAUGUAACUGUAAAAGGUGCAAAUGAAAAGAAAAUUCUGGAAUUCCUGUAAUUUUAAGCUAUAUGAAAAUAUGUUAACGAUUUAAUGGUAAUUUAGUAUAUUUUUUUUCUCUCUCUUGCUUGUAUUAAAAUACUAAAAAAAAAAAUCGCAAUGCCAGUAAUUAGGUAAUAUAUAUGUAGCGGCAAUCAAACAAAUUUUCUAUUCAUAUGUUUGAUUGAACAAUUUAUAAUUUAAACAUACUGUAGUGCCCUAGAAUUCGUAAAACCAAAGAUGUCCGUAUUGAAUUUUAUUUAAACUGACAUUUUCUAUUUUACUUUUUAUUUUUUUUUAAUCAAAGUUUUACGAAAUCUUGCCGAUAAUUAUUUGGAAAUUAAUUGAAAUUUUCAUUCUAAUCAAGAUGUGAAAAAUAAAUUACAAUGAUUUGUAAUUAUUUUACUUGAUUUUUUGUUUGUUUUUACAAGUCUCGAUUCGAAUGAAAAAUGUCAAUUUUAUAGGAAUCUCUAUAUUUUUAUCAUUAAAAAAUAUCUACACGUAUAUAUGAGGUAUUCCAUGCCAAAUCGGAGAACAUUUGACUUUUGCACCUCAGAUCAUUUUGAAAAUUUUUUUCCUUUUAGUACUCAUGAAGACUAGCUUUCACGAUUUUUUUUCAAAUUUUUUCAUCAAGCCCUUUAGGAGAUAUCAAUUUUUGAAAAAUUACGUCACUUUUUUUUGAAAUGCUUGUAAUUUCGCUAAAAAUUGACCAAACUGGAUCAAUCUUAUAUCAAAAUUUUUGUUUUUAAACGUACUUUUCAAAAAAAAAUAUUGAAAGUUAUUUUCGAAAAAAAUUUUUAUUAGAUUUUUGAGAUUUAAGACUAAAAAUUCAUUUUUGAACCUGUGUGUAUCGAUCGAUUUUUUUCAAAAUUUUUUUACAAAAACUGCUCUAAAUUUGACAAAUUUUGAGCCUAGUCCGAUAAUGGGAAAACGAUGGGAACUAUUUUUUUCGAAUUUUCAAAUUUCAUGUUUUUAAUUAUCUGUAUGGAAAUCAAACAAUAAUCAUUUUCUCUCAUUCAAACCCAACGAUUAUUGUUUGUUUUAUAAAAUAAAAUAGUUUAGAAAAUAAAUAAUAAAGUAAUAUUUUAAUUAUUUAUCUAAAAUUUUGUUUUAUUUGUAGAAGUUAUUAAGCAAUUUAAAAUGAAUGAUUUUCAAAAUAAUACCAGACAACUCGACAAUUAAUUAAUAUGAAUGAAAUCUUUAAUCACAAAUUAAGAAUUAAAAAAUAAAUUUACAGUAGAGACAAAAUAUGAGAAAGCAAAGAGAAUAGAUGGAACGCAAAAAUUUCAUUGAAUGAUUCCAGAAGAAAAUGGCAAUUUAAGAUUUAAACAAUUCUCAUCCUCUGUUGAAUCUCGAAUGCGUAAAAUAUUUAAGCUUGUAAAAAAAUAAAUUCUGCUCAAUGAAAAAACUUUAUUGAACAUGUUUAAUAAUGUUUUUGUUUAUAUCUUUUUCCUUUAAUCAAUCUAAAAUAAUUAAUCUCGAGGUGUCAAAUAAAUACACAUUAUUAAUUAUAUAUAUAUAUAUAUAUAUAUAUAUUGUAAAAUAGUUCUUAGAAUAAUUUUAAAUACUUUUUAAGGUGAAUAAUUAAAAACAUGAAAUUUGAAAAUUCGAAAAAAAUAGUUCCCAUCGUUUUCCCAUUAUCGGACUAGGCUCAAAAUUCGUCAAAUUUAGAGCAGUUUUUGUAAAAAAAUUUUGAAAAAAAUCGAUCGAUACACACAGCUGCAAAAAUGAAUUUUUAAUCUUAAAUCUCAAAAAUCUAAUAGAAAUUUUUUUCCAAAAUUACUUUCAAUAUUUUUUUUUGGAAAGUACGUUUAAAAACAAAAAUGUUGAUAUAAGAUUGAUCCAGUUUGGUCAAUUUUUAGCGAAAUUACAAGCAUUUCAAAAAAAAGUGACGUAAUUUUUCAAAAAUUGAUAUCUCCUAAAGGGCUUGAUGAAAAAAUUUGAAAAAAAUCGUGAAAGCUAGUCUUCAUGAGUACUAAAAGGAAAAAAAUUUUCAAAAAGAUCUGAGAUGCGAAAGCCAAAUGGUCUCCGAUUUGACAUGAAAUACCUCAUAUAUAUAUAAUUUAAUGAUAAUAUUGCGAUUAUUCAUUGAAUAGAAGUAAUUUUAUUAUUUUCGAUAAUAUUGCAUAUAUAAUAAUAAUAUAUGUGAAUGAGACCUGAUUUACAUAUAUAUAUAUAUAUAUAUAUAUAUAUAAUUUUGGAAAUUAUUUGUAUUUUUAUGUUUUACUUUACUUGUGUGUGAAUAUACAUUUCUUAUAUCAUUUUUACAAAAAAAAAAAAAAAAUUUCACAAAAGAAAACACAAUUUAAUUUACAAUUUUAUAAUUUAAAUACUGUAUACGCGUUUAAAAAAGAGGCUAAAUUUCUAAAUGUAAAGAGCAAUAAUUAAUUGAAAUAUUAGGCAUCUGAAAUUAAAAAUUAAUUUUGUGUUAGUAAUAAAUAAAUGCCAAGAAUUAUAUUUGGCAUCCAUCGUGUUCAUUGAGUCAACAAAACUCAGUCACAUCUAUCAUUCGAUAAAAAAAACUAGAUGAAAAUUGAAAAAAAAAUAUAUAUAUAUAAAUAUACCUAACUUCUAUUUUAAAAAGAAAAUAAUGAUGUGAAUGUGAGUCAACAAAAAAAAAAUUGACUAAUUCAUUUUAGAACAUUUAGAGCUUAUUAAUUCGUCGGAAAUAAUAAUUGUAAUGGUGUAAAAAAGAAUAAUUGAUAUUUGAAAUGAAAUCUAGUAAUUUGAAAUAUUCUAUAAGCAGUUUUUAAAGCUGGCAAUAUUAAUAAAAUAAAAAAAAUAUAUAUAUUGUCAUUGGACGUCAUUGGAAAAGAAUUUAAUUGUGAUAUUCACAUUUUUGUGAAUAAAAAUUUGAAAUAUUAGUAAAGAAAAAAAAAACUAUUUUCAAACUAGAAUCUAUAAUAAAUGUCUAGAAUCUUGUAUGUCUCUGUAACAAAUCAAACACUUUCCUCAUAGACGUCCAUAUAAAUUCAUAAUUAAAAUAAUAAUCAAUGCAUGUCUCACAAGCUUAUUGUGAUUGAAUGAUUUCAUUCAUUGUGUUCAAUUGAAAAAUGUUUAAAAAAAAGCCUUGCUUAGUUAUACUUUUCACUGAAAAAUCAGAAAAAUUUAUAAACUAAUCUCCUAAAUUAAAUUCUCUGUGUUCAUAUUAUAAUAAUUCUAAAAAAAAAUAUUAGACAUUUUCGAUUUUUAUCAUUUAUUUUAAUUUAUUGCCAAUUCAUGAAUUUUUUUUUUUUUUUUUUUUUAUUGAAAAUUUAAUAUUUUUUUUAUCAAUUUAAAUUGUGAUUUUUUUUACAAUCAAUUUUAAAAAUCUAGUGAUUUGAAAAAACUAAUAUCGAAAAUGUCUAAUUAAAAACAUAAUUCUAAAUAGAUUAUUAUUUAAGUGAUGGUGUGAGUCUGAUAUGAAUUUCUAAAUAAUUUUUUGUGACAAAUAUAUUUCAACUAUUUUAUAAGAACUAAACACUUAAGUUUUCUUUUUUGAUAUUAUUAUAUUUGUAAAAUGCGUAUGACAUUUCAUAAAAAAAAGGACAUUUUUAUUGAGAUAAUUUUACAAUUUGUUUGAUAUAUGGAAUUUAAUCAUUAAGUAAAAAAAAAAAAAAAAAAAAUCUAUUCUAAAAUGUGCCGUAUAAUUUUUAUGUGAUUUCUACUCAAAUUUUUGGUAUCAAAAUAGUGUAUUUAUUAUACACGGAAAAAAAAAUAAAUAUCAAAUUUUAUAAAUGUAUUUUCACCUUUUGGAAAAUAUACUAAAAAGCAAAAUUUUUUUGUAAAAAAUUCUAAACUUAAAAAACUUGUAUAAAAUUUUAGAAUUUAAUAAUAAUUUAUUAAUGAAUCAAAUUUUAUUAAAUUUUAUGUAAGUUUUUUAAAAAUUCUUAUUUCUUAAAAUUUUGUUUUUUAAUACAUAUUUUCCAUGAAAAUAGUAUUUUUUCGAUAUUUAUUUUCUUUUCGUGUAUCAUUUUUUCUUUUUAUUGCAAUAUUUAAUUGCACCAGGCUCAUUUUUACUGAUUGUUAUAUAACAAGUGGAAUUUUUUUUUUUUUUACUAAAGUAUAUUUUGUAAGAUUUUGUGAAUAAUUGAAACAUACUUUUUCAAAACACUUACUGCAGAUUUUUCUAUUUGAAAUAACAUAAAUGAAUUUCAAACAUUUUUUAAAAAAAUAUUCAAAUACAGUUGAAUAAUAAAUUCAAAUAUUUUUAAAUAAAAUAGUGAAAUUUAAGAUUCUUUUUUUUUACAUAAAACAAUAUUUUUGACAUUUUUUUCCCAUUCACUAUUUUAAUUUCAAAUGAAAUUAAAAAAAUUUUUAAACGAAACUACUGUUUGAAUAUCAUUUUAUGUAAAAAAAACAAACAAAUAUUUUAUUGUAAUUUUUUUUUAUUGUAAAAGUAAUUUUUAUAUGUACUUGUUAUUUUAUAUCACAAGCAAAUACUGAUAAUUUUUCUUCGUUUUAUUGUGAAAAUAACUAAAAACAAUAAUAACAAUGAAAUAGAUAAGUGUGUUAAAAAAUUUAUUUGCAAUAGCAUAUUUAAGGCAUGGAUCUAGUAUUUAAGAAACAAAAAAUUAAAAUUUGGGGCAUUUUCGAUUUUUAUUUUUCGCAUAUUUUGUCUAAUGCUUCUGUGGUGAAAAAAAAAUGCUCCUGCAAUGCGCAACUUUUUUCGAAUCACUUCACACAUCCGUCUAUUUUAUACUCUUGUAAAUAUAAUAUAUCUGAAGAUUACACAUAUAUAAAUGUACAAUAAGCACAUUUAAAGGAAAAUUUAUUUUAAAAAAAUUCUUACAUCUGUUUUGUAAGCUAUUUCUCUAAUUUCUUCGUAUAAUUAACCAAAAAUUUAGUCACAAAUAGCAGCGAACAAUAUUUAGUUUUCCGUAUAUAAAUUAUACUAUAAAUUAUAUAAUUAUAUAUUGAACGUGCCAAUGCAAUAUAUUAUGUUUACAUUUCUGUAGUGUGCUAAAUAUAAAAAAAAAUAUUAACAAAAUGAAAAAUAUGUAAAAUUUAGAAAAUUGCAUAAACAUUUUCUAAAUUUAAAUUCAAUGUAUGUACAUAAUUUAAUUUAUUCCUUUUUCUUACAUUGUUUGUGCGAUUUCAGAAUAUUAUAUAAAUAAUAAUAAUCAGGAUAGAGUCCAACAAUCUCUUCAAAAAAAAAAAAAAAAAAAAAAAAAUGUUCUUUCCUAUAAAUAUAAGAAAAAUAAAGAAAAAAUAACUUGAUUUGAAAUUAAAUUAUUAUUUGGUUUGGAAUUUUUGUUUUAAAUUGUUCCAUAAAAUACGAAAAUAAUUAAUUUUUAUUUCGGUUUUAUUUUUAAUCGUGAAACAAAAAAAUUCUCCCAGUUGAGCAAUAUUGAAAAUAAUAAAUAAUAAUUUAAAAUUAAAAAAAAAAUUCGGUAGAGAUUGUCACGCGUCAACUAUUAAUUAAUAUACUUUCAUGUAUAAAAAUAGCUUGCCUAUAUGUAUUUUAUUUCAUUCAUUUAUUAAAAAUGUACUAUCUUCAAUAAAAAAAAAAAAAAAAAAAAAAAAAAUGCGCAGUGUUAUCGAUACAACUUACGAUACCACUGAGUGUUCCAAUGUCUCGUUUAUUAAAAAUAGGACAAACUUCGUAUAUAUAUAUAUAUAGAGAGAAAAUAUUGCAAAUUUAUCAAUUUUAUUCAAAAAAAAAAAUAAUAAAUUCAAGUCUUGGUAACAGAAAAAAAAAUUAAAUACAAAUCUGUAACAUUUUUCUCAAGCAUAUUUUCUCUAACUGUAUAAAAAAAAAGUGUAGCGACAGAGAAAUCCUUACUAAAUCGUGAAUUAAGCGAUUUGUAUAUAUAUAACUCAACGACCAUUAUAUUAAUCUCUCUCUACCUUUACUUUGAAUUCCUGACUUCGAUGUUCGCGUUAUUAUUAGAUUAUAAUCAAUCAAUUGAAACUUUAUAUAAAUGGAAAAGAAACAGGAAGCAACAUGAACAAAAACAAAAAAAAAAAAAAAAAAAAAAAAUGCGCUAACUUCAAAACUUAAAUUUUGAAAACAAAAAAAAAAUAAAUAAAUGUUUAAAUUACAUCAGUAAAAAAAAAAUUCAAUUUCAUCGACCAACAAUAAAUAAAUUAGUGUGAGAUGUGAAAAAUUUAUUAUAGAUAGCAAACCUGCGAUUCGCUGAAUUGUCUAAAGGAAAAUAUGAGUCUAGCCUUUUAUAACUGUGAAAAUAAUAAGAAAAAAAAGCAAUGUAUAUUUUGGAAUCUACAUGCUAGAGAAAUAAAAAAUUUCGACAUUUAGGUAGAAGACAAUAUUCUCUAAUGUAACUGAAAGUAUGAAAAUGAAAUGCGCAAUGUGAAUUAGUGCAUAUUUUUAAUAAAUGGAGCUGAUCACA